GGGGAAACCACAGAGGAGACCAGAGGAGAACCUAUCAGUAGUUUUAUACGGGUGUAAACCGCGGCUGUCGUUUCGUUCUUAGAUGUUCGGACAGUGACGACAGGACGCAAACUUAGAGGACACCUCCACGACCUUAGGCGCAGUUCCCUCCGUGGGAAGUUUAUCACCACUAAGUUCAAUGAGCUGCGUCUCCCCCGCCUCUCCUCAUAAAGCGCCCCCACCGUGACGGAUGUUAAUCGUUUUUUUUGCGUGGGCUGAACAAUCCGGACAUCGUGGCCACCGACGUGGACCCCUCGCCACCGGGAACAACGCAGAGCGGCUUGUACUCCCCGAGGCUUCAACAGAGGGUCUGGAGCUGGGAGCUGCAGGUGGACGGUGGCCAGGAGGCGUUCAGUCCUACAGGAACAGACGGUAGAGGUGAUGGAGGCGGUCGUCUGGAGGUGCUCGCCGUGAGGUCCGUGGCGGUCGUCUGGAGGUGCUCGCCGUGAGGUCCAUGGCGGUCGUCUGGAGGCGCUCGCUGCAGGUGGAGGGAAGGCCGGGAGCCGUGCAGCCAAAGGGAUGCAGAACGAAGGACUGAGGCGGAGGUCCUGGAGGCGGAGGCCAGCCUGGAGGCGGCGGUGGCCUGGAGGUCCUGGAGGCGUCCAACCUGGAAGGGGCGGCAUGGAGGGCCAGGCGGCGGCUCCUCGUCCAAAGGGCCUGGAGGCGGCCAACCUGGAAGGCCUGGAGACGGCGGAGGUCCUGGAGGCAACGGCGGGCCUGGAGGCGGAGGCCAACCUGGAGGUCCUGGAGGCGGCGGCAGCGGGCAUCCUGGAGGCGGACAACCUGGAGGUCCUGGAGGCGGCCAUCCUGGAGAGCCUCGAGGCGCCGGCGGCAGCCAUCCUGGAGGCGACGGCGGAGACCAACCUGGAGGGCCUGGAGGCGGUGGUUGGGACCAACCUGGAGGGCCUGGAGGCGGUGGUUGGGACCAACCUGGAGGUCCUGGAGGCGGUGGUUGGGACCAACCUGGAGGUCCUGGAGGCGGUGGUUGGGACCAACCUGGAGGUCCUGGCGGUGGCGUCCACCUGGCGGCGGUGGCGUCCUGGAGGGCCCGGCGGCGGUGGCGUCCUGGAGGGCCCGGCGGCGGUGGCAUCCUGGAGAGCCCGGCGGCGGCUCCUCAUCCAAAGAAAUGAGGCGACGUUUCGGAGGUCCAGGCGGUCGGCCCGGUGGAGGUCCUGGAGGAGACGGUCCCGGCGGUGGAGGACGGCUGGGGGAUCCGGCGGUGGAGGUCCGGAGGCGGGUCGUGAUUAGACCAACCAGCUCCUCGUCCAUGGAAGGUUCAAUAAAGUUGACCUCUCCUUCAGGCGACUUAAAGGGAGACCAGAUGUGCGGCAGCUGGGUGUCGUGGUGCAGAGACCCAACGCUGUACUGAACUACACCAGUGUGUCCUACUCCCCCAUAAACCCUGAGGAUCCAUGGCUACACCAGCACAUUAAUCCACACCCAACAUUAACACACAGUGCACACUCUAUAGAGCUUGUAAGUCCGACCCUUGCGGCGGGACCUCGUGAGAUCGUAAGAUAUGACUGGGUUUCAAUGGAGAGAAAGUCAUUAUUUUUCUCCUUUAUGUUGCACCACAUUUUGGGGGAAGAAUGUUUGAAUCAAUCUUUGUCAUUUAUUUCUGUACUCCAUAUCUGUAAUCCCAGCUGUUGUAUUUUAACACUGUAGCUGGGAACCCUCUUUAUAGAGGGACGAGGCUGGAAGCAAACCUGAUCCUGGAUCUUAACCUUCUUUCUAAACCUAAUGCCGCAAUUUAACCGCAAAUAAAGUGAGGCCUUAAGUAACUUGACUCUCUUACCUAAACUUGCUUGCCUAAACUUGCUUGCAUAAAACCUAAACUCGCUUGCAUAAAACCUGAACUUGCUUGGCUAAACCCCCGUUGCUUGCCUAAUGCCUGAACUUGCUUGCCUAAACUCGCUUGCCUAAACUCGCUUGCCUAAACUCGCUUGCCUAAUACCUGAACUCGCUUGCCUGAACUCGCUUGCCUGAACUCGUUUGCCUAAACUCGCUUGCCUAAACUCGUUUGCCUAAACUCGCUUGCCCAAUACCUGAACUCGCUUGCCUAAACUCGUUUGCCUAAACUCGCUUGCCCAAUACCUGAACUCGCUUGCCUAAACUCGCUUGGCUAAUACCUAAACUCGCUUGCCUAAUACCUGAACUCGCUUGCAUAAAACCUAAACUCGCUUGCAUAAAACCUAAACUUGCUUAGCUUGACUCGCUUGCCUGAACUCGCUUCCCUAAUACCUGAAGUCGCUUGCCUAAACUUGCUUGCCUAAAACCUAAAUUGCUUGUCCAAACACGUUACACAAAGUUAACCAUCCAUAAUCUUUAACCCAAACCAGACUUGUCCCUCGGUGGCUCCACUUUAAUUUAGAAGUUUCUUCUUUCACCUCAUCUGCGUUUUGAGUUUCAUUCUUUGAGGGCUAGAAGUGCUUUGGAGGAUAUUUGAACCUUUGUUUGCCGCAUUUGUUCGCCAAAUGUUCAGUGUUCUUACAUGUAAUGUCUAUGGUCUGACGAUAAUCUGACCUCUUCAUGAAGCAUGUGUGUGAAUGUUGUCCCGUGAGCUCCAGGCUCUCUGUGGGCCUGUCAAUGUCUCUUUAGCAAAAGGUUGGAGUGAAAUUCAUUUUUUGUGCCAUUUUCAUGUGUUCCUGAGUAUUUCAGACCUGUGGUGUUUCAAAUGAGACCUUAAUGGGAACUUUUCUUUUUCUGCCUGCAUACGUAAUGCCUACAUUAGUAGGGUGAUCACUGUUGAUCCCAAUAUUGACAAUUAACCACCUCAUUCUUUUAUGAUUUUUUUCCGAUAAGGAUUACAAAUCAUGUUAUUUAUGAGCAUAUUUGCAAAUGGCUCCAAAUAUCAGAUUGUGUAAAAACUAAUGAAAUGUAACCUGCUUGAUUUAAAGAAAAUAAAACAUCCAAAUAUUAU